AAUUCCGUCAUCGCCUUCGCGCUUACGCACACAUGCCCUCCCUUGUCUUUCUUGGAGCGUGGCUCGGGACUCUGCCGCAGUCCGAGGGGGAGGGCCUCAACCCUCGAUUCUUCCGCCACUCCCCAAAAGAGGGUUGAUCACGUGAUUUUUGUCACGAAGAGACUUCGGUAAUGCUCAAUGUUGAUUGGCCUCGCAAGCGUUCACUCUCCAUCUCCUGCACGGAGGAAUGUCAUUUUUAACCAAUAAAACCAAGGAUUGAUACAAAGAGAGCCAAUCCAAAAUCUGAUUCGAAUGUAGGCGGGGACAGAAAGAGGUCUCAGGUGUACCCCGGGAUUGAAGUGAAAUUGAAGGUUGCGCUGGUGCUUCAAGGUUUGCUUUGCCAGCUCCUGACAGAGAAGCCCCCUUGGUGCUGAAGUGAGAAAUGAGCCGCUUCUUGAAUGUGCUACGCAGCUGGUUGGUUAUAGUAUCCAUUAUAGCCAUGGGGAACACGCUGCAGAGCUUCCGAGACCAUACCUUCCUCUAUGAGAAGCUAUACACUGGCAAGCCAGACCUGGUGAAUGGUCUCCAAGCCCGGACCUUUGGGAUUUGGACUCUGCUUUCAUCAGUGAUUCGCUGCUUCUGUGCCAUUGAUAUCCACAACAAGACCCUCUACCACAUUACACUCUGGACCUUCUUCCUUGCUUUGGCGCAUUUUCUCACUGAGGUGUUUAUAUUCGAGACAGCUGCUCCAACUGUUGGAGUCCUGGCCCCAUUGAUGGUGGCGAGUUUUUCUGUCUUCGGGAUGCUGCUUGGGCUGCAGUACCUGGAGGUAGAGCGAGUGUCCCGGCACAAGAAGAGAAAAUGAAGCCUUGUGUGCAUCUACUGUUUCCUAGCAUCAUUUACCCAUGGCUGAGCCUUCCUCUACUGUGUUCUCCACCCCCCCUUUCCUGGUGUUUUUCCUCUCCUUCCCCCAUCAGCCUCUCACUUUCCACCCCCAUUCUCUUAGUGCUGUGAAUUACUGCCACAGCUAGGUUUCGCCAUCCUGACCUCUACCUUCAUUUUUUACUUCAUCAGUUGAUUUUACUUGUAUGGACAAAAUGAUGAGGUGGAAAUCCUAAAGUUGUCGUUCUAUCAUGGAGCAUCUCUAAUAAAACAUCAGUAACAGGGACUUGACUGAUUAGAAUGGGGUUUCCUCUCCCAUUGGGACCAGGAAUCAUCAAAAUUACUAGGAUGAGAAAAUGGCCAUGCAAACCCCUAGAAAGUUUUGUGUUCCUUCUGCUGAAUUUGAAGAGCAAAGAUCCAUGUCGUAUUGUAGACUAUGAAAAUUUAUGUCUAUGUAGGUUGUUUUGUAAUAAAUGGUAAACAAACA